AUGCCCAAUGAGAACAAUAACGGAGACAAAUCGACGUCGGCGUCCCCGCCUUCGUCGAGCGACGGUGGCGAUGUCCCAACGGCAACGAGAGGCGGCCACCAUCAAGAUCAACGUCGGCUGCAAGUGUCUCCACACCGCGUAACGCUUCCUAUACAUCCGAUGCCGAGUUGCGAGCAGUCUCGCCUCGCCAUGUCCGUCAUUGACAAGAUCAAACCCACCGUCCGAAUCAGCCACAACCUCGCGUGGACGUAUGGAGAUUACCUCAAUGAUCUUCCACGCCGGCUCGGGACGAACAUGGCGUUGGACUCUGCGACCGAGGCCUUCUUGUUCGCCGUACAGCGCUCCCUCAACCGGGCCGAAGUGCCUGCUCAGUCUGUGCUGGAGAGGUACGGUCUCGCCUUGACGGCGCUACGGACAUGUCUGGAUGAUCCGGUCAAGGCGAGGGAGCCGGAAACCCUCGGCGCGAUUCUGAUGUUGAUGAACUGUCAGCAAUACCUUUGGUGUCCGAAUGGGAAUCAGCUUGGGCAUGGUCACUCCGAAGGUGCAGCUCAGAUCUUGAGGAUGCGGGGUCGCCCGAGCAUGGACGAUCCUUUCGAGAGGAAAAUCCUCCUCUCAAUGCGAGCCGUCGUUCUCUUCGAGUCCAUUUUCACCGACCGAGUCGUCUUCACGGACAAAGAGUGGAUCGACAUGUUCGACAGUAAGGUCUAUACUCUCUCGCCAGAAAGCCAAGCGGUAGAAUGCAUGACACGCCUGGGUAACAUGAUGAGAAGAGCAAGAACGGUCCUGCAGGACGACAGUGCAUCCCAAUUCGACAAAGUCGUCAUCCAGCAUGAGGCCCAGGGCAUUUAUAACGAGGUCCAACCUGCCGUCACCAUUCUGCGGGAACGGUAUCAGAAGUUGAAACUGAGAAUGGCCUCUAGCGAGUUUGUCCCCGAUGAGAUGACUGAUUUCGUGCAUUGCCAUUGGGUACGGUCGUACGGCCUUGGGCUCGCAAUUACCAUUUUCAUCAACGAGCUGCGUAUUGCCGUGUGGCCGGAUCCCGCAGAGAUUGUGCAGGAGUCUCAUGCGUUCGCGUUGGAGAUAUUGGAGUUGGCGAGGGAAGGCCGCCCAUACAGGCCUCACGGAAGCAACGCCUUGGGUCUUUGUCUCAUUGCCGCUGAAAUGGGGACUGACGAUGCGGUCCUGAAGGAGGAUAUACGACGGCUGAGGCAUGACUACGCCAUGGACUUUACGGACACAGAGUUGAAUCAGAUCCCGAAAGUGGAAAGUGUGGUGCUGGUUUGUGGCCGUCAGUAUUCUCAAGCUUUGAAGAAGAAAGCUGGCUCGAGUUCGCCUUCGACUUCACCUUGA